UAACCAAUGGUUAUGCGUUCGUGUUCUACUCGUACACUUUGGUUCCUUCUCCUUCUAGAAUUUUUGAAACACAGCAACUAGUUUCGGUAGACGCAAGUGGGCCCGUUCGAAAUUGAAGAUGUCAGAAAAUGAGGACACUAAGAUUAAUGCUAUGCAGCCAAUGCCUUUGGUAAUACCUCCUGGUUCACCCAAGAAACCAGUGAAAUCAACCGCUGUCGUGAAAUAUUCUGUUGUACAAACACCAGCUACUUAUGCUCAACUGCAAUGCAACACGGACUUGAAUCUACCACCUAGCAACUGGUUGAGCAGUUCAGCCGAAAGCUACGGGCUGCAGAGUGUAUGGUCACAGACCACCGGGUUUUCUAGCUUUCGUAUGGCUCACAUGUUUCCAGACUGUGUUGGGGAGGUUGAUGUUGUGUCCGAUGCCGAAAACAUAAAGAAACUAUUGAAACUGCCUUAUAAUCACGGUGUGAUAUCAAUGAUGGUUCACAGAGUAGAGAACACGCUACUGUUAGAUGAUUUUGAUAUCCAUAAAUAUUUAUUGAGACAAGCGGAGAGUGACUGGGAGUGGUUGAAAAAGUUUUUCUAUGAACACAUAUUCCAGAAUCUUGGAGACAAAGAGAAGUCUCUGUUUCGUAAAACAAAUAACAGGAACACCUUGCAGCAAAGAAAUUUGGUAUCCAAAUUUCUGUAUCACUCUAUAGUAGUAGCAGAUAACAAGGAGCAGAAUGCUAAACCGCAGUUGCCUGUGAAACCACUGGAACCAUGUUUACCAGAACCCUCUCAGGAAGAAAAAAUGCCAGACCCUAAUUACAAUCACAAUUUUGCUAGAAACAUUGUUUGGACCUUCGAGAACAUACAGAUGCUCAUUGGUACAGAUAUGCCGAUAUUUGGGGGGCAGACUCAUCCAUGUAUAAGUCUGAGAUUGAGGGACAUGACUAAACCCAUUAAUGUUCUGACUGGCAUAGACUACUGGUUGGACAAUUUAAUGUGCAAUGUCCCAGAAGUGGUGAUGUGCUAUCACCUGCAUGGUAUCGUGCAGAAAUAUGAAUUAAUAAAAACAGAAGACUUACCCAAUUUGGAUCACUCCAAGUUCAGUCCUAAAGUAAUCAGAGAUGUUGCUCAGAAUAUUUUAAGUUUCCUGAAAAAUAAUGCCACCAAGGCUGGUCAUACGUAUUGGUUAUUUAAAGGCAAGGAUGAUGACGUUGUAAAAUUGUAUGAUUUAACAUCUUUGUGUAACGAUGUAUCAGACGAAAAGGGUCAAAAUCCCUUCACUGUGCCUGUAGCUAUGUUGUUAUAUAGGGUGGCUCGCAACAUGAAGUACUCUUCAGACUACCACAGACAACAGGGCACUAUCAGAAUGCUCCUAAAAAAUUGUGUACAACUGUUGACUAAAGAAAAGUAUCCUCAGAUAGUAACAUCCGCUCAUUUUAUGCUGUCUGAUCUGUAUGUCCCAUCGGACACUGAUCCUGCUAGUCCAGGACUUUCUGAUCAGAGCGACGAGGACGAUACGCAAAGCGAGUCGAGCACAAAUCACGAUAAUGAGAAAGAUGAAGAGGAAAUAGAAAAUGAAGAGACUGCUAUAAAAUCCUUAACAUUAGCCAACAUCAAAGAGCACAGAGACUCGGAUGAACCCAAAUACAAGCCGCCACCAAUUUCUGGGACAGUGGAAGAAAGAUGUCUGGCAGCCUUGGAACAUGUCUGUCAAGGUCUCGAGUGCCUACAUUAUUUCCCAACCGAAGAGUCCUCUGAAGAAGAGCGUACAAAGGCAGAGCAAGAGGAGAAGAAGAGGAAGGAGUAUGAAGAGACCCACCUGAACUUGGCUAAACCUUUCCAAGCAAUACCAAUGACCUAUUCCCCCCUGAAGGACGAAAAGAAGGGAUCACACUCCGGAGAAAGUUCGUUAACUAGUAGCCCUAAUCAUAAGAAGAACAGGAAGAAAAACAGAAAGUCAGACAAAAUUGUAUUGAAAGAGGAACCUGUCGAGAACGUAGCUAAAGCUUUGCAGUGCAAGGUCAAAGUCGAUACGCUUCCUACCUGGCAAGCUCCUAAGAAGAGCGACAACAUAAGUUGGAACGCACACUUGAAAACAUUGUUGUACGAGAAAGCUUCAUUGAUCUUCGCUGUAUUAGCUGAGAACGAAUACGUCAAUAAGAAUUACGGGGCUUCUCUGAGGUAUAUGCUAGCGGUUCUGCGUUGUCAGAAAAUUUUGGAGCUCUUCUGUGGAAUCAUAAACUGCAAAUCUAUCAGCUAUCUGUUAGGUCGCGCUGGGGACUGUUGCUUCAUGACUGUGCAGGAUUGGUGUAACAUAGAAAAGCACAGAAGCGACUACGAGAUGAAGAACGAGGCUGAAGAGAAGAUCGUGGAGGAGAUCUGCAAGGUGGAGGACCUGGACUCGAGCGAUGCUAAACUACUGCCACAACAUUUACAGAGUCUAGAAUCUACUUUAGUAGCAUCCUAUAAAUGUUAUGAGAAAGCCUUAUUAUUGGAACCCUCAGAAAUUGACAGAAAUAAUCUUUUAAGACGAUUAGGCAACAUCCACAACGAGCUGGGGGUUCUUUACAUGAAUCAGGGUGGAAGUAAAUGUUUAAGCCAAAAUUACCAAGUCAGAGAACGUUAUGAGAGGAACCGUUAUAAUUUGAUUCUUUUUCCAGCCCGGUAUCAGCAAGAAAGUAUAACGGAGGAAACGUCAGGUCUCUCUAACAAUGAAGUAUCAACGUUACUGACUCGUUCCCUAAAUCAUUUGGAAGCAGGAGUCAAGGCAUUCGAGACAGUUCACGACGAAGCAAAUUUAGCGCUGUUGCACUCGAAUACUGGAAGACUUAUGCGACUCUGUGCACACAUGCACGUGAAGCAGAACGCCGAGGAACGGAAUUUUUAUAAUAAAGCCCUGGCGAGCUAUCAGAAAGCACUGCAAGUCCUAGGAACUAAGAAGACGAACCCUGCGAUCUGGGACACGGUCACUUGGGAUUUGUCUACCACGUUAUUUACCAUGGCUACAUUGUUGCAAGACUAUCCCGUCACUGGCUGCAAGACUGAAGAGGAGCUUGAAAGGGAAGUGGUCGAUAUACUACAAAAGGCUUUGAAACACUGUGAUACGGAAACGUCAGGACCACGGCAGCCUGUUUACCAAUUCCGUGCAGCUACUAUUCAGCACCGUCUUGCUUCUUUGUAUCAUCGUGUAUACAGAGAGUUUGAGCCAGACGCAGACAACAUGAAGAGAAAAACAAGCUUGCAAUUAUGCAAGCUGUACUACGAGAAGGCGGGAAAGCUCUUACUUGCUUUGGAGCAAACUACAGAAUUCCUGACGGUUCAGUUGGAACGGGUUGCAUUGGCUGAACACCAAGCACGUUGUGCUACAAGCUUUAAUGGAAAACUGAAGGCGUACCAAAAUGGUCUUGAUCUGAUAUUACACUGCAGACCCAUUGUGGACAUAUUGUGUGAGAGGAACAGCUCCCAGAAACAGAAGAGCGAAAGUACAAAUGCUAUCAAUCCAAAGAAGGGGAAAGAAACCUCAGAGGGCAAAGGUAACGAUGAUCAGAAGCUGCUGGAAGAUGAAGAGAACUUGGUGGUGCUGCUCGAGCAAAGACUACAGUUUAUCCUAAGAUCUCUGACCAAACUAUCCGUCACGAAAAAUAACAAUAGUAGUAAAAAAGAGUGUGAAUCACUGGCGAAUUUGUACAAACAGUGUUACAGUCGGACAUUAAGACCAGUCUCAAUGACUGGUUUCACGUUAAUUGAACACGUUGCACAACUGAUGCGGGAUUUGGAGAAAAUGUUACCGUCUACAGAGUGUUGAAUAAUUGUACUUUUGUAAAUAUAUAUAUGUAUAAAUAUUUAUCAUAUCUGUGCCAGAUCGAAGACUUCAAGCGCCAAGUCUCGACCAACGAAUAUGAUUCCUUCCCAUGAUUGGUUUUUUCAAUCUUUUGACAUGUUCUUAUGCCGCUAUUGACGCUGGUCGUUAACAAGGAGAACAUUCAUUAAUUCAUUACGACACCUCGCGAUGUGGAGGACAUUUUUUUAUUCUACUGUGUAAAUAGUCAGAUCGAAGCUUUUAUUUAUGUAUAAUAUUAAUAUGAUUUGUAAAACGGAGAAAUAAAUUACUGCUACAACAUCUUCGAAUACUUCCUCGGGCAUCGGAGAAAUAAAUAAAAAAUUUUCAUACUUUUUACAAUACAA